GUAUUUAUGUCGUUCACUUUUAAUACUUUUAGAGUUCACACUUUUAUAUAUGGAUGAUAUUUUAAAUAAUGAUAUCAAAGUAUUAUUUCAUCCAUGUGCAAUGUAUGUGUAGAAUAAACUAGUAUUACAUGAAUGCUCAAGGUUUGUCAUUUUUCCUCAACAUAUAUAAAAUCAACUAUAUAUUGAUUGAAUCUAAAUAGCAAUGUUAAAUUAAUGCUUCUAAAUAACAUUGUGCCUUGAUUGUUCAUUAAUAGACAUUCAAUUAAUUUCUUUUAGCUAGAGUAUGAUCUACUAUCUAUCUACCUUACAAAAACUAAUUAAGUUUGAAUAAUAAUAUGUUUUCAGGUUCCAUUCCUUCCUCAAUCUUCAACAUUUCUACAUUGCAAGUAAUUCAGCUAGGGAAAAACAACUUCUCAGGUCAUCUCUCAUCAGAUAUGUUUAAUCACCUUUCUGAAUUACAAUCGCUUGACUUGAGUCAGAAUCAAUUUUCCGGAAGAAUUCCGACAAGUUUAUUCAAGUGCAAAGAGUUACAAUACCUAUAUUUGUCCUACAAUCAAUUGAAGGGGACUGUGCCGGUAGAAAUCCGGAAUUUAACUUGGCUUACGGAGUUGGCUCUCGACCAUAACAACUUCCAAGUACUUUCUCAGAGGAAAAUUUUAACCUAUAAUGGAUGAUUUAAACUCGUUUUCCAGGUGAAAUUCCACCAAUUAUUGGAAACAUGAGUUUUCUUGGUGUACUGUUUCUUCCCUCUAACAAUUUCACAGGACGACUUCCAUCUCCACCACCUUCAUUGAGAUGGUUCAUGGUUUCAGACAAUAAUUUAGUUGGAGACAUCCCUUCCUCAAUUUGCAAUGUGAGGUCACUUCAAGGUCUCAGCUUGUUUAAGAAUAAUCUCGUUGGAACUAUUCCACAAUGUCUUGGAAACUUAAGCUUUUCCCUUGUAGACUUGGAGUUACAGAUGAAUAAUUUUCAUGGUACAAUACCAGGAAAUUUUUCUGAAGGUUGUUCAUUAAGAAAUUUUAACCUGAAUAGCAACCAGCUGAAAGGGUCACUACCACGAUCUUGGGUUAAUUGUAGAGACUUGAAACUUUUAGAUCUAGCAAACAACAACUUAAAUGACACUUUUCCCCAUUGGUUAGGAAUUUUGGAUAUAGAAAUUCUUGUCUUGCGAUCUAAUAGAUUCUAUGGUCGGAUAGACAAUUUUGAAGUUACAUCUUCGUUCUCUCAUUUGCGGAUCAUUGAUCUCUCCCAUAAUGAUUUCAUUGGCUACUUACCAAUGAAAUUUUUCGAAAAUUUGCAUGCUAUAAGAGAUUCGAACAAAAGGAAAGCAGAGUACAUGAUAGAUUUAUAUGAUGAAGAUCGUUUUUAUGAUAACUCAGUAUUGAUUACGACGAAAGGGUUGGAGUUACAAUUCAUUGACAUCUUAACAACUUUCACAGCAAUAGACUUUUCAAGUAAUCGAUUCGCUGGACAAAUUCCUGAAGUACUUGGAGAACUUCAUUCCCUUUUAGUCCUCAACCUCUCUCACAAUAGUUUAACAGGUUCUAUCCCAUCAGUGUUAGGGAAUUUGUCAGCACUUGAAUCAUUAGAUCUCUCGUCAAACAAGCUCCAAGGAAGAAUUCCUCAAGAACUAGUGAAUAUGAUAUUCUUAGAGGUAUUAAACCUAUCUCAGAAUCAUUUUGUGGGACAGAUUCCUCAAGGCAAUCAGUUUGGUACUUUCUCAAAUGAUUCCUACAUUGGGAACUUGGGUUUAUGUGGACUUCCUUUAUCAAAAAAAUGUGAUGAUGAUCAGAAUUCGGAAACUCAUCCAAUAAAGUUUGAUGAAGAUGAUGAUACCACAAGAGAAUUGAAUUGGAAAUUUUCUAUAUUGAUGGGUUAUGGAUGCGGAUUGGUGCUGGGACUGAGCAUGGGAUACAUUGUAUUUACAACUGGAAAACCAUGGUGGUUCAUUAGGAUCAUUGAGAGAGUUCUGCAAAAAUAUGUUACAGGGAAAAACCGAAGAAGACAAGGAAGAAAACAACACAACUAAUACUCUUAGAUUUUAUGUGUUGCAGUAAGGAUACUCCAAGGGAGGCCUAUUUCUAACAGAUUGGCAAAUGGGACAUUCUUGAUAAGAAUUCAAGAAGGGAGAUUUUUCAAGUCCGGCAGGAUAUCCUAUAUUGUUAUACGUUAAACAUCGUUGUGUUUUAGGUUACUGUUUGUUUCCAGUUUGUUGGAUUAUAGUGACUAGUUUCUGCUGUAAUAUUACUCCAUAAAUUCUACAGUGCUUCCCUAUAACAAUGAUAUGCAACUUCCUUUGCACAUCGUUAUCUUCAAUAAAGUUAAUGAGCACUAACUUCAAAUUUUGAAUGAUUUUUUUUUUCAUUUUUUUCAAAUCUUUUUAACCAAGGAAAACAAUCAUUUGCAGUUCAAUUACAGCUUUCCAAAGAUCUGAUAGAAUAUGAUAAUCCCCUGUUUUUCUUCGAACUAAUGAUAGUUUUAUUCAACAUUAUUCUAUAUACAAGCUUACUCUUAUAUGUCUCUCCCUUUUAAAAUAUUCAGACUGAUUCCCAAGUACUUAGCCCACAGGUGACAGCAUUUUGACUGAUGGUUAGUUCAUUGUCAAAAUACAACAAAUUUAUUAGCAGAAUCAGUGGAUAACCGAUGAUUUCACAAAACUGCCUGUAAAUGGGUUCUUUGGUGAGUUGAGGAAAUGUUGCAAAUAAAUAGAACAAGGUGUGAGUUGGGAUUUUUUUAAGCAGAAACAAAUUCCCAAUGAGAUCAACACAAAAUAAAUCACACGCAAGAGGCAAAAUUUAACAUGAUUCGGCUUAAUUGCCUACAUCCACGGAUGAGAGAGAAAAUCCAUUUAAAAAAAACAUAGAGAUUACUAAGAGUACACAACAUCAUAAAUAAACACUAAUCUUGAGCCCCUGAAACAAUCCUAAUUUUCAUGCUCCAUAGCAUAUAACUUAUCGAAUAUCUUUUAUCCCAUGCAACCAGUGUUUUCCCAAAGAAACUAUUUUUUGCAUCCUUACACCUAUCUCCCAUAUAAAGAUCUUAUAACUCUCUCUUUCAUAAUUCUAAAAGUUAAUACUUACUUUAUAUUUAUAAAGCUCCAUUACUUGAUCACCAAGAAUUUCUAUUUACUAAGAACUCUUACCCCAUUAAGAAUAUUUAUUCUUAAUGAUCAAGUAAUUCUUUAACUAAUAGAAUUUCACCAAAUUCAAAUUGAUUUCCAAUUAGAAUUUGAGUCAAUAUCUAACAAAACUCUACCUUGACACAAAUUCUACCACAACAUUGACCUUCAAUAAA